AUGGAGCCUGGGAAACUCUUGGAUCCCCCAUCAGACACAAGCAGCACUCUGAAAAACCACAAAAGAACCCAUGAAUGCUCAGAGUGUGGGGAAUCCUUUGCUCGCCGGUCCCUCUUUUUGACCCACAGGAAGUUCCAUCUGGGAAGCGGAUGCAGUGAAGGAUUGGAGGGAAGACUUAAAAUCCACGAGAGAAUUCACACGGGGGAGAAACCUUACACGUGUUGGGAAUGUGGGAAGAGCUUUUCCCAGAAGGGCGGCCUUCGGGCCCAUGAGAAGAUUCAUGCCGGAAUAAAACCUUACAGGUGCUUUGAGUGUGGAAAAAGUUUCACCGAGAGUUCGUAUCUUCGGAAGCAUUGGAAAACACACACAGGGGAGAAAAACGAAAAGUGCCUCGAAUGUGGGAAAUGUUUUACCUUGAAAUCAUAUCUGGUGCAGCAUCAGAAACGUCACAUUGGAGAGAGACCCUAUGAAUGCCCGGAAUGUGGGAGACGAUUUGUACAUUCUUCUGAAUUUCAGAAACACCAGAAGAGGCACAAAGGGGAGAAACCCUAUGAAUGUGGGGAGUGUGGGAAAGGUUUUCUUACUCAAACAGAGAUUCAGGUUCAUCAGAGGAUCCACACGGGGGAGAAGCCGUACAAGUGUGGGGAGUGUGGGAAGUGCUUUGCCAAAAAGGAAAACCUUGGAAGCCAUCGCAGAGUCCACACAGGAGAGAAGCCGUACAGAUGUGUAGAAUGUGGAAAAUGUUUUGUAAGGAAAAGGAACCUUUGGAGACAUCAUGAAACCCACACAGGGGAGAAGCCAUAUCAAUGCAUCGAAUGUGGACGAUUUUAUCAUACUGCAUCAGCCGUUAGAUGUCAUGUGGAAACUCACACAGGGGAGAGAAAUUACAAAUGUUUAGACUGUGGGAGAACAUUUGCUCAUUCAUGUUCCCUUAUACGUCAUAGCCAAAUCCAUAUAGGAGACAAGCCCUAUAAAUGCUUGGAGUGCAAUAAAUGUUUUUCUAGGAAAGAUUCUCUUUUGAUGCAUCAGCGAAUCCACACUGGAGGGAAACCAUACAAAUGCCUGGAGUGUGGGAAAUGUUUUGCGCGAACUUCAUCUCUUGGCAGGCACACCAGAAGUCACACAGGGGAGAGGCCUCACAAGUGUGUAGAGUGUGAGAAAACUUUUCAUUGUAAAUCUCAGCUAAAAAGGCAUCAGAAAGUCCAUAGUACAGCCAGCCCAGAGCCCAAGGAUCUCCUGGUGGUCUCCCAUCCAGUACUGCCGAGCUUUCCUAGAGUGGCCAAGGCUGGCCAGGUGUGGUCUCUUAGCUGA